AUGACCGAUUACACAUCCCUCCAUAAAUCACUACCACCUCACUACGUGGGGUUGAACACCCUCGCGGUUGCUGAGGCCGGCCCCGUGAAAGACUUUGUUGCCUCCCAUGGUGGGCACACCGUCAUCACCAAGGUGUUGAUCGCCAACAACGGUAUCGCCGCUGUGAAAGAGAUCCGUUCCGUCCGCAAGUGGUCGUACGAGACCUUUGGCGACGAAAAAGCCAUCACCUUCGUCGUUAUGGCCACCCCAGAGGACCUCGAGUCCAACGCCGAGUACAUCCGUAUGGCUGACCAGUACGUCGAAGUUCCGGGUGGCACCAACAACAACAACUACGCCAACGUCGAGUUGAUUGUGGAUAUUGCCGAGAGAACCAAGGUCCACGCCGUGUGGGCCGGUUGGGGUCACGCCUCCGAGAACCCCUUGCUUCCGGAAAUGCUCGCCGCCUCUCUGGAGAAGAUCUUGUUCAUUGGGCCUCCAGGUUCGGCCAUGAGAUCUCUUGGCGACAAGAUCUCCUCCACCAUUGUGGCCCAGCACGCCAAGGUUCCGUGUAUUCCGUGGUCCGGCACCGGUGUGGACACCGUUCAUGUCGAUGCCGAAACCGGCCUCGUGUCUGUCGACGACGACAUUUACCAGAAGGGCUGUUGCACCGGGCCAGAUGAUGGUCUUGUCAAGGCCAAGGCCAUCGGAUUCCCAGUCAUGAUCAAGGCGUCUGAGGGUGGUGGUGGUAAGGGUAUCCGUAAGGUCACCCGCGAGGAGGACUUCCACUCCUUGUACCUCCAGGCUGCCAACGAGAUCCCUGGUUCUCCUAUCUUCAUCAUGAAGCUCGCCGGAGACGCCCGUCACUUAGAGGUGCAGCUUCUUGCCGAUCAGUACGGUACCAAUAUUUCUCUUUUCGGCCGUGAUUGUUCCGUGCAGCGUCGCCACCAGAAGAUCAUCGAGGAGGCCCCUGUCACUAUUGCGGACCAGGCCACCUUCCACUUGAUGGAGAACGCUGCCGUCAGAUUGGGCCAGCUUGUGGGCUACGUCUCUGCCGGUACUGUCGAGUACUUGUACUCCCACUCUGAUAACAAGUUCUACUUCUUGGAGCUCAACCCCAGAUUGCAGGUCGAGCAUCCAACCACUGAAAUGGUUACCGGUGUCAACCUUCCUUCCGCCCAGUUGCAGAUCGCGAUGGGUAUUCCAAUGCACCGUGUCAAGGACAUCCGUUUGAUGUACGGUGUGGACCCACACACUACCACCGAGAUCGACUUUGAGUUCAAGACCGAAGACGCCUUGAAGACCCAGCGUCGCCCGGUUCCUAAGGGCCAUACUACCGCUUGUCGAAUCACUUCCGAAGACCCGGGUGCCGGGUUCAAGCCUUCCGGUGGUACGCUUAAUGAAUUGAACUUCCGUUCAUCCUCCAACGUGUGGGGCUACUUCUCCGUGGCCAACCAGUCGUCCAUCCACUCCUUCUCUGACUCUCAGUUUGGCCAUAUCUUUGCGUUCGGUGAGAAUCGUCAGGCCUCGCGUAAGCACAUGGUUGUCGCCUUGAAAGAGUUAUCGAUUCGUGGUGACUUCCGCACCACCGUUGAGUACCUUAUCAAGCUUUUGGAGACCCCUGAUUUCGAAGACAACACCAUCACCACCGGCUGGUUGGAUGAGCUCAUCACCCAGAAGCUCACCGCCGAGCGCCCCGACCCUAACAUUGCGAUUGUCUGUGGUGCCGUCACCAAGGCCCACAUCCAGUCCGAAGCCGACAAGACCGAGUAUCUCGCCUCUCUCGAGAAGGGUCAGGUGCCAGGUAAGGAGUUAUUGAAGACCAUCUACCCAGUUGAUUUUAUCUAUGAGGGUUACAAGUACAAGUUCACCGCUGCCAAGUCUGGCAUCGACACCUACACCUUGUUCCUCAACGGUUCCAAGUGCGAGGUUGGUGUCCGUCCGUUGUCUGACGGUGGUCUUUUGCUUGCUCUCGGUGGUAAGUCCCACUCUGUCUACUGGAAGGAGGAGGUCUCUGCCACCCGUUUGUCUGUGGACUCCAAGACCUGUUUGUUGGAAGUAGAGAACGACCCCACCCAGUUGAGAACCCCAUCGCCGGGUAAGCUUGUCAAGUACUUGGUCGAGAAUGGCGAGCACGUUGUCGCGGGCCUGCCGUUCGCCGAGGUUGAGGUCAUGAAGAUGUGCAUGCCGUUGUUGUGUCAGGAGAACGGUAACGUCCAGUUCUUGAAGCAGCCUGGUUCCACCGUCAAUGCCGGUGACAUUCUUGCCAUCUUGGCUUUGGACGACCCGUCGAAGGUCAAGCACGCCCUUCCGUUCCAGGGCACCAUGCCCGACUUGGGCUCCCCUACCGUUAAGGGUACCAAGCCGGUACACAAGUUUGUCUCCUUGUUGUCCACUCUCCGGAACAUUCUUUCCGGUUUCGACAACCAGGUUGUCAUGAACGCCACCUUAACCAGCUUGAUCCAGGUCUUGCGUGACCCUGAGUUGCCGUACUCUGAAUGGAACCUCGAGGUUUCCGCCCUCCACUCCCGUUUAGACGCCAAGCUCGAUGAGUCCUUGAGGUCUUUGGUGUCCCGUUCCCACGAACGUCAGGCUGAGUUUCCAGCUCGCACCAUCUUGAAGCAGCUCCAGAAAUUCGCCAAGACCCCGGAUGCCGACCCGUUAUUCGAGCAGGUGGCCGCUCCAUUGUUCGACAUUGCCACUCGCUACUCUGAAGGUGUAUCCCACCACGAAUACGCCGUAUUUGCCGGCUUGUUGACCGAAUAUACCCGUGUCGAGCUGCUCUUCGCUGGCCACAACAUCCGUGAAGAGGACGUGGUCUUGCAGCUUCGUGAUGCCAACAAGUCCGACUUGAACGUUGUUCUCCGCACUGUUUUGUCCCACUCCCGUGUCGGCGCCAAGAACAACUUGAUCAUUGCCAUCUUGGAUCUCUACCAGGAGCAGUUCCAGAACUCAUCAGCCAUCAUCGGCGUCUUUGGUCAAGCCCUCAAGGCUAUUGUUGACCUCGAAUCCCGCUCUUCUGCCAAGGUCACUCUCAAGGCACGUGAGAUCAUGAUCCAGUGCGCGCUUCCGUCCAUUAAGGAGCGUUCCGACCAGUUGGAGCACAUUCUCAAGUCUUCUGUGCUUGAGUCCUCUUAUGGUGAGAUCGGCCGCGACCACCGUACCCCGCAGUUGGAUGUCCUCCACGAUGUUAUCGAUUCCAAGUACACCGUGUUUGACGUCUUGUCCCAGUUCUUGGUAAGUAAAGACCAAUGGGUUGCCACGGCCGCGGCCGAGGUCUACAUCCGUCGUUCUUACCGUGCCUACAACCUCUGCGAGGUCAAGUACCAUAGCACCUCCGACCUCCCAAUUGUCGAAUGGAAAUUCCAGUUGCCGUCUUUGACAUCCGCUGCCUUCAACGCCGUUCCACAAGUGAAGAACGCCCGUCCAAACACCCUAGAGAGGGUUAUGUCUGUUUCUGACAUGUCCUUUGUUGGUAACUCCGACACCGACAUUCUCCGGACCGGUAUUCUCGUGCCGGCCCAGCACCUCGACGAUGUGGAUGACCGCCUUUCCGCCGCGUUGGAGCUUCUUCCACGCAAGGACGCCGGCUUGUCUCUCAACGGGCCGGCUCCUAACCGCAACCAGAUCCCAGUUGCUAGUCUUGCCAAUGUUUGCAACGUCAUCAUCAACAACAUUGACGGCUACUCUGGCGAAGAAGAAGUCUUGGCCAGAAUCCAGGAGAUCUUGGAAGACCUCAUGGACGACUUGGUGGCUACCUCCAUUCGCCGUAUCACCUUUGUGCUUGGUAACAACGUCGGUAGCUACCCACGCUAUUUCACCUUUAGAGGUCCAUCCUACCUGGAAGACAUGGCCAUUCGUCACAUCGAACCGGCUUUGGCGUUCCAGUUAGAGCUUGGAAGACUCUCCAACUUCAACAUCAAGCCAAUCUUCACUGAGAACCGCAACAUUCAUGUGUACGAGGCCAUUGGCAAGAACUCCGAUGUUGAUAAGCGUUUCUUCACCAGAGGGAUUGUGCGCACCGGCCGUAUUCGGGACGACAUUACCACUGCCGAGUAUUUAACCUCUGAGGCCAACCGUUUGAUGUCUGAUAUCCUUGACGCUUUGGAGGUUAUCGACACUUCCAACUCCGAUUUGAACCACAUCUUCAUCAACUUUUCUGCCGUGUUCAACAUUCUUCCAGAGGACGUUGAAGCCGCCUUUGGUGGGUUCUUGGAGAGAUUCGGUCGCCGAUUGUGGAGAUUGCGUAUCGCUGGUGCCGAGAUUCGAAUCAUGUGCACUGACCCUAAGUCUGGGGUUCCUUUCCCACUCCGUGCCAUCAUCAACAACGUUUCCGGCUACGUCGUGAAGAGUGACAUGUACAUGGAGGCCAAGAACGCCCAGGGCGAGUGGGUCUUCAAGUCCAUUGGUAACCCGGGUGCCAUGCACUUGAGAGCCAUCUCCACCCCAUACCCAGCAAAGGAAUGGUUGCAGCCAAAGCGCUACAAGGCUCACGUUAUGGGUACCACUUACGUGUAUGACUUCCCAGAGUUGUUCCGCCAGGCUACCCUUUCCCAGUGGAAGAAGCACGAACAGAAGGCUCCAGCCGACGUUUUCACCUACAACGAAUUGAUUGUUGAUGAUGCCGGUGAGUUGACCGAGAUUUCCCGUGAGCCUGGUGCCAACGCUACCGGUAUGGUUGGGUUCAAGGCCACGGCCAAGACCCCAGAGUACCCACGUGGCCGUCAAUUCAUCAUUGUCGCCAACGACAUCACGUUCAAGAUCGGUUCUUUUGGCCCACAGGAAGACGAGUACUUCAACAAGGUCACAGAGUUUGCCAGAGCCCAGGGUAUUCCACGUAUCUACCUCUCCGCCAAUUCUGGGGCCCGUAUCGGUGUUGCCGAGGAGCUCCUCCCGCUCUACCAGGUUGCCUGGAAGGAUGCGGCUGACCAGGAGAAGGGGUUCGAGUACUUGUACUUGUCCAGCGAAGGGAAGGCUCAGUUGGAGAAGAAUGGUAAGGCUGCCGCUGUAUCCACCGAGAGAAUUGUUGAAGGUGGUGAAGAAAGACAUGUUAUCAAGGCCAUCAUUGGUUCUGAGGACGGUCUCGGUGUCGAGUGUCUUAAGGGUUCCGGUUUGAUCGCCGGUGCCACUUCUCGUGCCUACAAAGACAUCUUUACCAUCACUCUCGUUACCUGCAGAUCUGUCGGUAUUGGCGCCUACUUGGUCCGUUUGGGCCAAAGAGCUAUUCAGAUUGAGGGCCAGCCAAUCAUCUUGACCGGUGCUCCGGCCAUCAACAAGUUGCUCGGGAGAGAGGUCUACUCCUCCAACUUGCAGCUUGGUGGUACCCAGAUCAUGUACCGUAAUGGUGUUUCCCACCUUACUGCCUCUGAUGACCUUGCCGGUGUUGAAAAGAUCAUGGAGUGGAUGUCUUACAUUCCAGCGAAGAGAAACAUGCCAGUUCCUAUCUUGGAGUCCCAGGACUCUUGGGACAGAGACGUUGACUAUGCUCCAACCAGGAACGCGCCAUAUGACGUCAGAUGGAUGAUUGCGGGUAGAACCUUGGAUGACGGGACCUUUGAGUCUGGUUUGUUCGACAAGGACUCCUUCCAGGAGACUUUGUCUGGCUGGGCCAGGGGUGUUGUUGUUGGUAGAGCCCGCCUUGGUGGUAUCCCACUCGGGGUCAUCGGUGUUGAAACUAGAAUGGUUGAGAACUUGUGUCCUGCUGACCCUGCUAAUCCAGACUCCACCGAGAUGAUGGUGCAAGAGGCCGGACAGGUGUGGUACCCUAACUCCGCCUUCAAGACCGCCCAGGCGAUCAACGAUUUCAACCACGGUGAAGAACUCCCAUUGAUGAUCUUGGCCAAUUGGAGAGGGUUCUCUGGUGGCCAGAGAGACAUGUACAACGAGGUUUUAAAGUAUGGUUCCUUUAUUGUUGAUGCUUUGGUUGACUACAAGCAGCCAAUCUUCAUCUACAUUCCACCAACCGGUGAAUUGAGAGGUGGCUCUUGGGUCGUUGUGGACCCAACCAUCAACCCAGAAAUGAUGGAGAUGUAUGCCGAUAUCGAGUCCCGUGCCGGUGUUUUGGAGCCGGAAGGGAUGGUUGGUAUUAAAUAUAAAAGAGACAAGUUGUUGGCCACCAUGGCAAGAUUGGACAAGACCUACGGGGCUUUGAAGGCUCAAGUGGCCGAUGCGUCGUUGUCAACUGAGGAGCACUCCGCCGUUGCUGCCAAGUUGGCUGCCCGUGAACAUGCUUUGUUACCAAUUUACUCCCAGGUUUCCGUCCAGUUUGCCGACUUGCACGACAGAUCUGACAGAAUGUUGGCUAAGGGGGUGAUCUCCAAGGAAUUGGAGUUUGCCAGCGCCCGUCGUUUCUUCUUCUGGCGUGUUCGCCGUAGAUUGAAUGAGGAAUACUUGCUCAAACGUAUUGUCAAGGAGUUGCCGAAUGCUUCGAGGUUGGAGGCUGUAUCCAGAUUGAAAUCCUGGUACCCGGCAAGUGUGGACACCGAAGAUGACAGAGUGGUGGCCACCUGGAUUGAAGAGAGCCACGUGCAGUUGGAUGCUGCCGUGGAGAGGUUGAAGGGCGACGCUGUGCGCCAGAACCUCGCCACCAUCAUUAGAAGCGAUCGUACUAAUGCUGUCGACGGGAUUGCCGAGCUUGUUGCCUUGCUUUCGACCGAAGACAAGGCCAAGAUUCUCAAGCAAUUACAGUAG